AUGAAGUUUUAUGGAAACAAUUUAUGUGAUUAUAAUCCUUGUUUAAAUGAAGGAAUUUGUCAAUGGCCAAUAGUUAAUGAAUCUUAUUUUGGUUGUAAAUGUAAACCAUGUUAUUCUGGUGUUUUUUGUGAAAGAAAAGAUUGUUCUUCAGAAGAAGUUACAGUUAUCUAUAACAAUGAAUUUCCCAAAACUAAAACUUUAUUUCAUAUUAGUAGUAUAAUUUUUCUCUGGAUAUUAAUUAUAAUAAGUAUCAUUACAACAUUACGAUUUGUAAGUAGAAUCAUAAAACUAAAGAAAAAAGAGAAAGAAGGAAAUGUUAUUGAUUGUACCUUAUAUGUUACUCAAGAAGAUUCUUAUUGUAGUUCAUUAUAUGAUGCCACUCAUGGAGAGACGAGAAAAAGAAUACAUACAAUUAAAAAUGCUCUUCAUAGAGAACAUUAUUUAAAAGGAUUCCCACCAUUAAAACAUGAAACACCAAAAUAG